AUGCUAUGCGACCUUGGAGAGGAGAUGGAACCAUCCUCCCAGACCGAGCUACCAUCCGUUACGAUAGUCCGACAAAAACGCGGCCGGUUUCAGUUUCACCUCCAACGACAACCACAGCGGGGGUUGAAAAACAAUCUUUCUGCGGGCGUGGGGUACCUUGAGCUGGCUAACGCGGGGGAUUUCGCGGCGAAUGUGUGGAAUAUCAUUCCGGUUCCUCCUUAUGCGGUUGUGUUCAUGGCCAUUGGCGGCGCGGCGGCCUUGUUGAUGUCGUUGUUUGCGUUGAGGGAUUUCAGGCUGAGUUGGGCGAAUGUGCGGCUUCUUCUUUUGGAGAGGGAGAGGCUGCGGAGGGCGCUAGAUGGACAAAGGGAACAAGAACAAACUGCCACUGUUGCGGUGAACAAUGAGAAAGAUAACGAGACGGUACGGCUUCUGCGCAGUCGUCUCGGCGUCUGUCUCCGGGAGAUCGGGACGGAGGUCAUCGAUCGCCUCAUCAUGGAUGCCCUGGGAGGUGUCGGUGCCGUUCUCGUCGGCGUGGGCACGAUCAUGGCGAUCUGGGGAGCAAAUCCGACCAUCUUCCACGCCAGUAAUUUACUGUCAGGGUACGUAGGCAACUCAUUCACCACGUUAUUCGGUGUCCUGAAUGCCAUCUGGUCCGCGUACCUUUUCCUCCGAUACCAUCGACACAGUGCAGCGGCAGCGAGGAAUCCCACCAUGAAUGCCUUCAGAGAUCGGUACCGGCUUCGCUUCUUUCAUCUGCAAUGCCACGCCGUCAUCAACGGUCUCACGGGCCUAGUUGCCGGUGCAGCGUCCAUGGUCACCGCAACAAGGUGGUGGGGAUAUGUGAUGUUGAUCCCGUGUAUUCUUUUAUCCAUAUUCUUCAAUUACUUCUGGCGCUGGAAGCUCGGGUACGAUCGACCUCUGUGGAAUGAGUCCGAGUGUGAACGAACCAGCAGCCGCCGCAGCCGCUCGUUGUUCGAGGAACUGGAAUACGUGACUACUAUCCAUAACGCACUGGUGCAGUCGGGCCCCGAUUCCCUGUCUCUGACUCUGUCUACUGUGGACACGGGGUCGCUGGAGUCGAUCCUAGGAUUCAUCGUCGGCAAUGGCAUUUUCGAGGACUUCUGCGCGUGGAUUAGCCGGGAUGAUGACGGUGAGCUGCUGCUGCGGAAGCUUUUUCCGGCGUCGGAUACAAGGGCUCUCUUGUGUAUUACGCCGGGGGGGUUGUUGAAAUUCGCUGCCAAAUCGGAUCCCGACGAUGACGGUAGGAGGGAGCUACUCCUUGUCUCGUCGCGGAGGUUCCUGAAGGAUGCCGGUAGACGUGUUUUCAAUUAUCGGGAGCGGUAUCUCCUGGAACUUGCUGGGUAUGCUGUCUGGAGAGACUCUAGGGGUAGGGAAUAA